GCGUUAGUCGCAGCAGACACGGGUGACGAGCAGCAACGAUCGUUUUUGGAGAGCGCGCCAGGAAUUCCCGAACCAAACCGUUCCCGAUCCAACCGAUACGCUACGACCCGAUUCGUAAAGCCAGCGGAAGAUCAAAAGGUGUGCGCGAACGGAUCAGUGAUAGCGGUUUAAGUCGGUCCAAUCUAUCGAUCUGAUCUCACGGGAGGUCCCCCAGGGGAAAACAAGUCCAAAACAAACCGAUAUAAAAUUCAAAAAUCAAAGCAUAGCAAAACCAUUGUAGUGUCAUUAAGUGUGUGUAGUUCCCGCUUCCCCAAUAAGGUGUGAUAAGUGCGUGAUAAUUUUCGAGCCAAAGGCAACUUAGCCGAGAGCGAUCGUUUUGGCCCGAAAAUGUGCUAAUCAGAUCUCAGUCUUGGUUCACGGCAUCGCGGCCCGACGCUGCCCCGCACAACUGGCGCCAAUUUGUAUACAAAUUUCAUGCCUUAAUUGAAACUCACAUUAUAGCCAAGUGCGAAAAGUUAACGACUAGGCAACCAAAACCAUCGACAAUCCACAGCAACGCUUGACUAUCCCAGCGAAUCCAACCGGAGAAAGUUUAACGGCGGAGUCGGCAAAAAGCUAACGGAGAUUGUGACAAUUGCAACUCUGGAGUUCUUCAAUCAACUGUCAACGGCCGAAAUGGACCCAGAGUCGCAGUGUCCGCAGUAUGGCGAGGUGAACCAACUGGGCGGCGUCUUCGUCAAUGGUCGUCCGCUGCCAAAUGCGACCAGGAUGCGAAUCGUGGAAUUGGCCCGUCUGGGCAUACGACCCUGCGAUAUAUCCCGCCAGCUGCGUGUAAGUCACGGCUGCGUGUCCAAGAUCCUGGCCAGGUACCACGAAACGGGCUCCAUACUACCGGGUGCUAUUGGAGGAUCUAAGCCAAGAGUGACUACACCCAAGGUGGUCAACUAUAUCAGGGAACUGAAGCAGCGAGAUCCUGGCAUUUUUGCCUGGGAAAUCCGCGAUCGUUUGCUCAGCGAGGGAAUCUGCGAUAAGACGAAUGUGCCCAGCGUGAGUUCUAUUUCGAGGAUCCUGCGGAACAAGUUGGGCAGCCUGGGGCACCAGCAUACGCCGGGAGCCGUGAUGGGUAGCGGCAGUAGCAGCGGCGGCGGCAGUGUGUCCAGUAAUGGUGGCCAAAAUAACGGCACGACUACCAACAACAAUAUAAAUCUUGGUAAUCUCGGAAAUCCAGGCGGUGCACCACACCACCCACAUCAUCAUCAUCAUCACCAGACUGCAGCAGCAGCGGCAAGUGCCCACCAUGUUCACGCCCAUGCCCAUGCCCACGCCCACCUGUAUAAUUCGAUUUACCAGCCGUAUAGUGCAGCGGCAGCCUACAGCAUGAAGGCUGUAUCCUGCGGUAGUCCUUCGCCUCCGCAGGGAGCAGGCGGCCAGGGAUCUGGGCCCCAUCCUCACCAGCUGCGGAGUGUGGCCGCCGCAGCCGCUGCCGCCCACUGGCCCUCCUCUCAUUCAGUCAGCGAUAUCCUGGCCCACCAUCAGGCUGUUGCUUUACGAGCUAGUUGCCAGGUGGGCGUCGGAGUGGGUGGAAUGGGCGGAAUGGGUAGUACGGUCUCCCCACUGCCGAUGACACCAUCUCCAGUGGCAGGAACGGCCGGAGGUCAGCCCCUGCUUGACUGUGAGGGCGGUGCCGGACAGCAAUCACCGUACAACUACUACAUGUAUUUCCAGAACGGCGGAAUGCACCACCAUCAUCAUCACGGCGGAAUGAUGGCCGCCGGAGCCACGGGAUUAUGAGCGGAUGGUGUAUAAUCAGCGGGUUGGUUACGGGUUUAGCUACUUUUGAUCGCGGUUGUUCAGUUAGGUUACUCUUAUCUAAGCACUAGUUAGGGAAUGGUCAUAUCACGGCAUUCACUUAUCACAAUCAAAUUUUGAGUAAACAUAUUAGAAGAGAAUAAAUACGAAUCUAAGGCACGUGGAAAUUACAAUUGCGUUUAGUUAUCAUUUUCCUGGAAACUCGACUAAAAAGCUUGCAAAUAUUGGAAUGUGACUAAGGGAAGGUAAACUCAUAAAAUGUUGUGAAGAAAUGCCUAAAAGAUCAUUUGCUUAAGCUCAAGGUUUGUUUAGUUACAUUUCUUUAACUGAAAACACCUUAAGUAAACCUCUCUCAAGAACAUUAUAUAAUAAUAAUAUUAUAUAUAAAUAUUUUGCAAACUAUUUGUUUGAUAAGUGAAUGCCAUAGUCGAAGACCAUCAAAUGUGAGUUGUGGGCUGUCAGGACUCAGACCUGCCAUUGUCCCUAUUUCU